CUUUGAAUAGGGGGCAGAUGUAAAGGCUGUCAGACCGUCUGUUUUCCUGAGGAAACACAAAGAGCAGCUGAAACGUCCAGAGAGAGAGGCGGCUUCGAAACUAGACCUGUACAGGUGAUGAAUCAUGAGCAGCUUUCUGAUUGGUUCCUAGAUGUCCCGAUGUUUGUGUUGACCUUUGUGUGAGUGUCCAGGCUGAAGUGUAGCCAUGGGUAACACGUUCUGUAAGUGCCUAGAGCGGCGGGACUCGAACAUCAAGAAGUCUCCACCCUCCAUACGGGACAUUGACCGCAACGGGGCUGCUGGGGUGGAAGAUGUCGGUAUACGUCUUCAAGAUGUCAAUCCCGGCUCAAGCCCAUCUCAUACUGAUAGUUUGGUGCGCCCACUGCCGGCCUUGCCAAGUACCGAUUCAAGGAGGAGGAUGAUAGUGAAGGCCAUAUAUGAUUACGAGGCACGCUCAGAUGAUGAUUUGUCGUUUAAGAAAGGAGACCGCAUGGAAGUCAUCGGAGACAGUGAGAACUGUGAUUGGUGGUUGGCUCAUCACAAGAGGACAUUGGAAGAGGGUUACAUUCCAAGUAACUAUGUGGUAAUAGACGAUGACUCUCCAAUGGCCCAAGAAUGGUGGUUUGUCGCAGACAGAAAAGAGGCAGAUAAAACGUUAUUGCUGGCUGGAAAUCCACGAGGGACUUUCUUAGUGCGUGAAAGUACAGAUAAAGCCUCCUACGCCUUGUCUGUGCGAGACUUUGAUGAGGUCAAGAAGGAAUACUGCGUAAAACAUUACCGUGUUCGUAAACUGGAUAACGGAGGCUGCUGGAUCAGUCCCCGGAGAACCUUCACCAGCUUAAUCGAGCUCAUCGAUCAUUACUCAGGCUCUGCAGAUGGGCUGUGUUGCCGUUUGACUCAGGCAUGUCCAAAAUCUCGUCCAGUUGUCCAGUUCAGAGAGAUGGAGGUGAACAGAGACGCCAUUAAACUGGUCAAACGUCUUGGUAAUGGUCAUUUUGGAGAGGUGUGGGCAGGAAAAUGGAAAAAUUCAGUUGAUGUCGCUGUGAAAACGUUAAAGCAGGACACGAUGUCAACAGAAUCCUUUUUAGAGGAGGCCAAGAUUAUGCACCGGCUCCGUCACAACAAGUUAGUCCAGCUGCUGGCCGUGUGUACGAAGACAGAACCGAUCUGGAUCAUCACCGAAUUGAUGACAAAAGGGGCGUUACUGGAGUACCUGCGAGAGGAUGAAGGAAAGACGCUGCGUGUGCCACAGCUCGUUGAUAUGAUGUCACAGGUCGCCUGUGGUAUGGAAUAUUUAGAGACUCAGAAUUUUGUCCAUCGAGACCUUAGAGCGGCAAACAUUUUAGUAGGAGAAAACAAUGAUGUGAAAGUUGCCGAUUUUGGACUGGCAAGACUGAUCAAGGAUGACGUUUACGAGGCUUCAGAGACUGCCAAAUUCCCCAUCAAGUGGACAGCACCUGAGGCUGCUUUUCAUCGUAUGUUCAGUGUCAAGUCGGAUGUGUGGUCGUACGGUGUGCUGUUGUAUGAAAUCAUCACAUUUGGCAGAGUCCCAUAUCCAGGCAUGGGAGGCAAUGAGGUCCUAAAGAGGCUAGAGCAGGGGUACAGAAUGGAGAAACCAAAAGGUAGACUGACCUGUCCAGAUGCACUCUACGAAGUGAUGCUCAAGUGCUGGGAUAAGAGUCCCGAGAGCAGGCCCACUUUCUCUUUCCUCUACUCAUUCUUCGAUGACUACUUUGUUGCUGCAGAAAGCACCUACAGGGACGUUGACAACCAGUGAUAAUGUUGCAUUAUUGCAAGCCGUUUGCAGAGAUGGUCAAAAAGUUUGUUACGGACAGUCGACCUUUGCAACUUUGACUGGCAUAUCUGUGACAUCUAGAUGUACAUGUACAUGCCCAGCCAAAAUGUAGCUGCCUAUCAAACAACUGUUGACACAAUGCAAUAAUGCCAACAGACCUACGUGUUCAAGUAGCAACAAAUUGCAAUGGUGUGGCCACAAAUUGCUACCACAGAUUGAGGAGGAGGAGGAUCGCAAUUUUGUCUCUGGAAGCAAAGCCUUGUCUGAGAUGAGUGAUUUACCUCAAGUGCUGAAUUUGUAUUUUGAGAAACUUUGAGUGAAUUACAUUUAAUAAUAGCACUAUUUGCCAGUUCAAUUGAUGCAUAAUUUAUGGUGCAAGGAGAUGAAAAAAUGGCAGGUACAUGGAUGUCCUCUGGAUUAAACAAACUUCAUGUUUUAAAGAAUGCCGCAUCAUUUUAAAUAAGGAGAAUAUCUGUAUUUUCUUGAGGAAAAAAAAAACAAUUUUGGUAGACAAACUACAAUUUUGAGAUAACUUUUUUUUUCUUGUUGCAUGUAAUUGGUAUUGAAGUUACAUAUGUUGAUGCUGAAGUUUAUUUGGAGCGUCCCAUUUUUGGAUGGACCUACUGUAUACAUGUACAGCUAGAACUGAAAUGCCUUAUGCUACAAUAAUAGCUAGAAAAGAAUCAGUCGAUCUGAAAUUUUGACAGUGUCAAUAAGUACUGGGCAUUUUGAUAAAACUGUCGCACAUUAUGACAUGUUCACUUGUCAUACAAAAAAAAAAGACAGUACAGACAAAAUUGUCAUUUUGUUUCCUUUAAUAUGUCAGGAACUGUUACUUAUACAUGUGUAAUUUGAGCAGUGAAUUUGGGAAGAAUGUACCAGUUCUGAACAAUAUUUUGUUGCGAUUGAUCAAACUUUUGUCUUCUCAAGAAGUACCGGUAAUUUUUGAUAUUUUGGUUUCAAGUUAAGAUGUGGUUAAUUUUAUGACACCAAAUUUUUUGAUAGUGUAAAUUGUGUUUUCUGAUUUACUGAAUUUUCAGAACUCGUCAUAUAUUUGUAUGUUUAUUUCAACACCAGGAACACUGAAGGGUAACAAACACAUGGGCAAUAAUAUGACAAGCUGUCUUUACAUGUUAACUAACUUCUCACGCCACAUGCGAGUGCUGAAUAAGCUAUCCCAACACUAUGUACAUAAUCGACAAAUUGUUCAGGUGAUCUCUCUGUUACUUGGGACCAUCUUUGUUGUUCGAUUUUUUUUGUUUUUUUUUUCUAAAACAAAAUUUUAACACUUUCACUUUUUUAAUGUUGUGGGACACAGAAGACAUUCCCUCCAGGCCUUCUUUGUGCCUGGCUCCUAAACAAACGCAACAAAUGAACUAUUGUUAAGGGAAAUAACCCUGUUGACAAUGUGUAACUUGUGGACAGGCUGCUGGUAAAUAACACCACUUUGUUAAAUGUUUCUGUAAUACUGUACAAGCUAAAUGACCAUACCGUAAUAACAAUGAAUAUGCAUGUGCAGAUUAUGAAAGCCAUUCCAAACAUCGCUGCCAGAACUGAAAUGUUUUCCCUGAACGCGAAUAAUGUCUUAGCUCUGAAACCUGUAUUGUUGCUAGAAAAUUCUUUGGUUGACUGUUCACGUGUCUGAAAGUAUUUUUUUAUGAAAAUGAUAUUCAGAAGAAGGUAAUUAGGCUAUGGUAUGGUAAAUUUGAUGUGUAAAAUAAUUUUACAUCACCAGAAAUUUAUCACCGGCUGCUGCAAAAACAGUUCAGUUAAAACAUUAGGUAAUGCUGAGCUGUUUCAAUCUGAGUUUACUUUUUUGAAAUUUGAGAGAGAGAAAAUGUCAAUAUGACAAAUAUCAUAUGUAUAAAAUAUGUAUAUUGUAGCUUAUGUUUAGUUUACAUAAGAAUAGAUUUUUUUUCUUCAUGAUAAAUUGUUGUGAGUUUAGGAUUUAACUAGAAAAAUUUGUGAUGCAUGGGAGUACGAACAGAGGAGGUGAAUCUGAAGCCAUUUUGCUACUGUAUUUCUGGAGAGGGUGAUUGUGAGGUGAAAUUUGUAUAUACUUGUAAAAUGGUUGGGUGACAUUGAAAUGGACUUUUCCUUUUACCUUGUAACCUAUCACCUCCACUCAGUAUUCAGGUGUUAAACCUAUAUGUGAUACGACUUCCCUACCAACCAUCUCUUCUCUGUGAUGCUUAGAACGCUUAGCCAAUGGCCACUCCCAGCACAGCCGCAGUAACAGUGUACAGUGAGAGAUACCUCUUUAUUCUCAUGAACACAGGCCCAGCAAACAAUGAGAGAGCCCUUUGUUCUCUUGAGUACAGGCCCAUUGAUGAUGAAGAGUUAGAGAGAGCUUUUGUUCAUUAACAGUGAACAGUGUCUGUGAGAAAGCUCUGUUCUUAUGAGUACAGAAACAGUAGACAGUGAGAGAACUCUGUUCUCAUAAGAACAAGCACAGUUAACAGUGAGAGAGCAUGCUUUUGUUCUCAUGAGUAUGGACAUUUCUAACAGUGAGAGAGAGCUCUUAGUUCUUGCGAGUACAGUAACGAUGAACAGAAAGAGAGAACUCUGUUCUCAUGAGUACAGGUAUAGUUAGAGCUCUUUGUUCUCAUGAGUACAGGCAUAGGGCUUUUUGUUCUCAUGAGCAUAGGCACAGUAAAUGGUGAGUGAUAUAGAGACAGCUCUCUUUUCUCCUGAGUGCGGUAUGGAUGAGCAGUGAGAGCUGUUUGCUGUCAUGAGUACAGUAAUGAACCGCGAGAAGGAGCUCCAUGUAGCUAGUAAUAUAUCAUCUUUAAGGUUGAACAUUGAGAGUAUGGUGUAAAUCACAACGACUGAAGGAUUUUGAUCAUUUAUUUUUUUGCCAACUGUACAUAGCCAAAAUAAUGCCAGUGGAAUACUACAUAUUUCAUAACACAAAUAUGAACCAUAGCUUUUUCUUUUUUUUUUUUUUUGUGACACCAGUUUUACAUACUGUAGUCCAGGCCUGCCAUCUGCUUUUCCAUGCAUCUGUAGUUUAUGUAAUUCACAUUAUUUCAGAUUUGCCCAUAAUACAGUAUGGACAUUUUUAACUGACUUACACACACUUGCAGUUUGAUUUUCAUUUUUUUUUUUCAUAACUAUUUUUGGUCUUUAUUAGCAUAUUUAGAGCAUCAGUGUGGUGCUUAUCUCAUUAGGUGUGUAAUUGCAGCUUUGUUGUAAUUCGGGAACAAAUGUGCUGGCGUACAAAUUAUUUUAUUACGCAUGAUACUUUUAGUACAUGAGCAUUUAAUAUUACAGUGCUCUGUGGGAUAAAGUUUCUUUCAUAUACCCUGAUUGUUCUUACUUUUGGGACGUGAUCUGCUCUUUGCAACCAGUAUACAUGUAAUUGUAGCAGCAAUAUUUAGUUGUUGUUUAUUUGGACAAGGUUUAUAGUCCAUCUCGUGAAUAACAUAUUCAGAGAAAUGUGAUUCUUUGCUUUUAGCACUACUAAUACUAAAAGUUAGAAGAAGUAGGGCACAUCUUUGCGCAUCUUGAAUGUUUCCAUAACACUCUUUCUGCUUGUGCGUUGCUAUGUAAUAACCAACAAGGAACCCAUUUUAACUAUAUUUUAACUGUAUUACAUGUACAAACAAUAUUGUGUGCAAAUAUGAUCUUUUUAUCAGCAAAUAUUUUUAGCUGUUUCAAUCUUUUGUUUAUGUAGAUAACUGAUAGGUAAAAAAAAAAAGUAGAAACAGGUCCAUGAAUCUGCAGGCUUUGUUUAUAUGUAAGUACCUGUAGGCAUAUUAUAUUUUGGAGUAAAUCAUUUGUGCUUACAUUGUAAUUUGUUUAUUGUGCAAAUUUUACAAAUGCAUAGUCUUAAUCUUCACUGUUUCCGAACAGGGGACAAUGAAUAGUUUCCAGUAAAUAGUUCUACAAUUCAUGUACAUUCCAUUUUGUUAUCUGUUUUCCUGUUUUUUUUUUUUUUUUGGUGCUUAUAUGUGUAGUAAGUCCUUUAAUCUUACUCUUUUUCAGACCAUUUAAUCAAAUUUUGCAUUCCUUCUAUUGUUAAAUUUCAUGUAGAAUUUUAGAUCUUGAGUUUAAAUUUUAUAAUUGAUUAUAAUUUUAAUUGCCGCUUUAGUUGGAGGUGCUUUGUAAAAGUUUUUUUUCCAGUGUGGCUGUUUCUUGUAUCUUUUGAUCUGUUUGUGAUAAAAGAUUCCCACCAGGAGCAGAGUUUAGAUAUGGUUUGCAAUGAAGAACUGUCAUCUGUGGAAAAGAAAUAAAACAGGCAACAGUUACAUUUUAGAAAUGAAUUUUUUAAAAAGAUGAUGACCUAUUGUGAGCUGGACAACUGAAUUCUUGGGAAAUGGUAAAUCAGUUCAUGAAAAAUGUCAACCAAAAAAAAGAAAAAAUGCCUCAUUUUUAAAGAGUAUCUUGUCCUUAAUAGUUUGCCAUUUAGUGUUAGAUUUCCUGAUGUUCCCUCGCUUUUUGUCUGAGGAGUACAGUAUUUCAAAGUUUUUGAAAGUUUCUUGACUGAACUAAGAUAUUUUUUGAAAUCACAUCUGCAGUUUGAAAACCUAGUGGAAUGAAGACAGAAUUUUUAAGGUUUCUGCCCUGGUUCCAAAGUCUUCGGAUUGUUGGAGUAGCACGGAGACUGGUGACUUGAAAUUUGUAAUUUGUGAACUCUGACAAAUCUGUUUAAGUAGUUUUAUGUUUGACUAUAUUGCAGCCACAUUGUUUUGAGAAAACAAAAAAAUCUUCACAAUUUGCCUUUUGAUUCAGUGUUUUGAAGUAACCAACCACAGUUGUAUUGUUUGAGGGAAAGAUAUGACUUUUUACAAUUUUGUGGCAAACAAAUUGAAGUUGGAUAGAAUUAUUUCGCUUGUCUAGACCGAGAGAAAACUGCAAUGGUCAGAAUUGAAAUGAAGAGGAAGAAAUUGAGAGUGGAAUACAGGGGUGAAAAUGUGACGGAUAUCAUUGUGGAUUGGAUUAUCUGUACGAGAGUUAAACGUUGAUUAAUUUAUAUUGGUUUGCUUAUCUGAGAUUUCUGUCAUCUUGGGAAAUUAUUUGCAGACAUUGUUGUUUAUAAAAACCAGCCUCCAGAUCAAAAUAGGAACUCAGAAAGGCAUAGGUUAAGUCAGAGAUUGUCAAGAGGUCGCAGUGUUUGUGGUUAUUUGAAAUGUGUACAGAAAAAUGUUUGAACUGAACACACUCUUUGACACUGGAUGCUCUUAAGGAUCAGAGGAUGUGUACACGUCAAACACAGAUGAAAUGGCGCUGUCGGGUUAAGUUGGGAUUUGAAAUAAAUUGUCAAGAUUUGUUUUAUGCAAAAAAAAAAAAACAAGACAUGAAUUUUGAUGAAAUAUAUACAGCACCUG